AUGCGCGGGGAGUCAGUCACCAACACUGGCCACCGCUGACGGCUCCACUCUACUCUCUCUCUCACUAUUUAUACAUUUGGAAAAUGGAGUGAAUUCCGUGCGGGGUCUACCCGCUGUGUACAAAAACUUUGUGUGUGUGGCCGCACGCAGGAUGAGUGCAAUCACAGUGCCGGAUGCUACGUGUGUGUCUAAGUGAAUGUAAUGAGUGCGAGAGAAACUAGUGUACAUAAUGAAACCACCACUUCAAGCCAUAAUGUGACAGAUAUUACUCAGGCUGUUGCUGGGGGUAUUGCCCCCAGCAGCAGCAGUAACAAUAGCAGUGGUGGUGGAGGAGGUGGUGCAGAGUGUCAGUUGGUACAGCAGUUAGUUAGUCCUGUGAAGGCUGGCAGCAUGGGGUGUGGUGAAGGGGAGCUUGUGAGGCUCACUGAUCCCCGCACGCUUCAUUCCUACACACCCCGCACCUCUCCUGUGCCUUCUACCUAUACAACUCCUGUACUCACUGAAGUCACUCCUACCUCGACUCCCUCGUCUUCUCCCAGAAGACCGCCACCUUCCAUUUCGUUGCAGCCUCCUGCCAAACGUAUUAAGGUUGAAGAAAAGCCCUUCGAUUUAUUAGAACUACGGAAGGUUAUUACUGACUGGAAAAAAGCCAAAUUAGAAGGUGUAAAAGAAAAAUAUAAUGAUCAUUUGGUUGAACUUUUUUUUUUAGAAAGAGAUGGCAAUAUGAUGGACUAUCAGUCAUGGAGUAGACGUCCUACUCGAGAGUUUCUUCAAUUCAUUCGUCAUCACAAACUUGAAGGAGAUGAAUCUUUAGAGGCUAAGUUCACUGUUCCCAAUCCAUUACACUUAACCUCAGGUGUCCAAAUAAAAACAGAAAACCCCUCAGGACCUCAGUCACCUUUGAAAGGUGUCUUAGGUGCUAAUGUUAGGACUUCCUCAUCUCCGGUUAAACCUGGGAAGGGCCUGGCAAGUCCAGCAAUGGGAGCGCGCCAGAAAAUGCCCUCAACAAGUGAAAAUAUUCAGGUUACACAGCAGGAUCAAAUGGUGGAAAAAGCAAGGCAGGAAGCUUAUGUUAUGCAACGAAUUGCCUCGCUGAGAAAAGAGGGAUUGUGGGCAGAAAAAAGAUUACCAAAAGUGCAAGAGCCUCCAAGAGCUAAGGCUCAUUGGGAUUACUUGUUGGAAGAGAUGGUGUGGCUUAGUGCAGAUUUUGCUCAAGAACGAAAAUGGAAGAAAGCUGCUGCUAAGAAAUGUGCCCGAAUGGUUCAAAAGUAUUUUCAGGACAAAGCUUUGCAAGCACAAAAGGCAGAGAAGGAACAAGAAAUGAGAACUAGGAAGAUAGCUGCGUAUAUUGCUAAGGAAAUUAGAACGUUUUGGGGUAAUGUAGAAAAAUUAGUUGAAUACAAAGUGACAACAAAGCUGGAUGAGAAAAAGAAAAAGGCCCUUGACCAACAAUUGAGUUUCAUUGUGGAUCAAACAGAGAAGUAUUCAUCAUGGUUAGCUGAAAGCAUGAACAAGCCAGCAGAUUCUGCUGCAGCAUCCACACGUUCCAAUACUCCUUCCCGUGAUAGUCGCAUGUCAGAUGAGGAAUUCCGUCCUGAGGAGUCUUCCGAUGAUGACGAGGGAACAAUUGCUCGAGAGGAUGACAAUCCAGAAGAGCAAGCUUCAGAACUGCAACUAUUACACGAGGAGUCUAAACAGACACUGGAAGAUUUGUUAAAGGAUCUUCCACCUGGCUAUCUAGAGGGAGGGGAUAUUUCCUUGGACAACAGCACAGAAAACUUGGAUUCUUUAGGGGAGUGUCCGGACAGUGUUGAGGAGAAAGAUGAGGAAAAGGUGAAGGAAGAAGUGAUAGGACACGAGGUGACUAUUGAGAAAGACGAAAAAGAUGUAGAUAGUGUAAGUGAUAAAAAAAAUGUUAGAAAUAUUAAAAGAAGAAAAGUGAAACUCAGGACGGGUGAUAAUAUUAGUGAGAUUGACAAAGAUGAAGAUCAAGACUUUAAAGUCGAAGAGUCAGACGAAGACAAUGAGGACACAAUUGAGGAACAGGAAAAGAAAGAAGAAGAAACAGACCACCAACAAGAAAUAAAUGAAUUGCAGGCUGAAAAUGAACUAUCUGUGGAAGAGUUAAGAAAGAAGUAUGCAGAAUUAGCUGCUAAUGCUGAGCCUAUGGAAGAAGAAGAGUCUGAAGAUGAUAGUAGUGAGGAUGAAGAAGAGGAUGAUGUCAAUGAUGAUGAAGAGAUGGUUGUUGAAGAACGAGAAGAUGAAGGGAAACAGGAAUCAGAGAAGGAAGAUGAGUGUAGUGAUGGAGAUGAAGAGAUGCCCAGUGAUGAGGAAGAGGAGGAGGAUCUAAGUUUGGGCUUGGAAACUCUUAUGAAAGAAAAUCUUGAAAAGGAUUCUAAGGUUGACAGUGAAAAGGCAGAUAAGGAAUUGCAGGAUGCUUCAGCUGUAGCAGAAGCUUUGCAGCCAAAGGGCUUUACAUUGUCAUCUACUUCUGUCACUACACCCAUCCCUGUGUUGCUCAAGCAUACGUUGCGAGAGUACCAGCAUGUGGGUUUGGACUGGCUCACCACCAUGUUUGAAAAGAAGCUAAAUGGUAUACUUGCUGAUGAGAUGGGCUUGGGGAAAACUAUUCAGACCAUCUCCCUUCUGGCACACCUUGCUUGUGAAAAGAGCAACUGGGGACCUCACCUGAUUGUAGUGCCAACCUCUGUCAUGCUCAACUGGGAGAUGGAGUUCAAGAAGUGGUGCCCAGCCUUCAAGAUACUCACAUAUUAUGGCACCCAAAAAGAAAGAAAGAUGAAAAGGCAAGGUUGGACAAAACCAAAUGCAUUCCAUAUUUGUAUUACAUCAUACAAGCUGGUGAUUCAGGACCACCAGAGCUUUAGAAGGAAGAAGUGGAAGUAUUUCAUCCUUGAUGAAGCUCAAAAUAUAAAAAACUUCAAAUCUCAACGUUGGCAGUUGUUGCUAAACUUUCAAAGCCAAAGACGCUUAUUACUUACGGGAACUCCGCUUCAAAACAACUUGAUGGAGCUCUGGUCACUGAUGCACUUCCUAAUGCCUAAUGUUUUUGCCUCCCAUCGGGAGUUUCGUGAAUGGUUCUCUAAUCCAAUGACAGGCAUGAUCGAGGGGAAUAAGGAGUACAAUGACACCAUCAUUAAAAGAUUACACAAGGUUUUAAGACCAUUCAUAUUGAGAAGACUUAAGUCUGAAGUGGAACAACAAAUGCCCAAAAAGUUUGAACAUGUAGUAAUGUGUAGAUUAUCAAAGAGGCAACGGUUCCUAUACGAAGAAUUUAUGUCAAGAGCUAAAACUAGAGAGACCUUGGCAGCUGGGAACUUCUUAAGUGUAAUCAAUGUGUUGAUGCAACUUCGAAAAGUGUGCAAUCAUCCAAAUCUGUUUGAACCUCGCCCUACAGUGUCUCCUUUUAUGAUGGAGGGCCUCUCCUACAAUGUUCCAUCCAUCAUUUGGGGCCUCAUUGAUUAUGACCCAUUUAGGGAAGUUGACUUAUUCUGUCUAAAUUUUCUUCUGGCCGAUUUGGAAUUGUGCUUGACAGCAUUUGCUGCUCAUCGUAUUCGCAAGUUCCAAGCUCCUCGCCGACUUAUUGAAGAAAUAGAUUCUGCUCCAGAUCCACCUCCAAAGUGUCCAGCUGGAAAGAUCAAACUUCAUGUACGGCCAUCUAGUCAAAGUGUGCCUAAGACUGGCGUAUCGCCAGCAAGCACUCCAAGAGUACCUACUCCAGUUGGAGCUCUUCGUGCUCCCGUGCCACAAACACCAACCUUAGCUUCUACCAGCACCACUACCACCACCACUACCAACUUGCAGGGUGGAGGAAUGCGGUUCCAGCUGGUUCAGCAAGGAGGAACAAUUAAAGCCAUACAAGUACCAGUAACUGGAGCUAGUGGAGGAAUGGUUGUGCAGCAGACUCCUCAGGGACCACGUCUGGUGAUACCACAGCGAACUACAUUAGGAGUGCCUGGUGCUACAGCAUCCAUUGGAGGAGCACCUACUACAGGAGCCUCUGCCAUGGGUGGAUUACAGCUGCUUCAAACAGCAUCAGGUCAGCUUUUACUCACCACAGCUCCAGUACAGAAGCCAGCAAAUCCCACAUUAUCUCAAGGGGUGAGUGGCACUGCUGCAGCGGCUCUUCUUCAGCGGUUACAAGGCUUGAAAGGUUUGCAAGGCUCUAUGAUCACUACUGGGGCUGGGGGAAGACCAGUGCUCCGCCUUCCUCUCCCCACGAGUAAUUUCAGACCACAAACACAGAUUUUGGCAACCGGUAACAACCAAACUACAGCUGCUAUCCGUGUAUCAUCACCUGCCGCCCCUCUACAAACUACUCCUGUGGCUAGUCCAGUGAGAACAGGGCCAUCGUCUCCUGCUGCUCGGGCUCCUCCUCCAAGCACCACACCUACCAAGCCCAUCACAAGGAUUGACCAAAGGGAGCUGGAACGACAGGAUGAAAAGAAAAAGGAAGAGGAGAGAAAACGAACCUUAUUCUGUUUGAAUGACCUUGAAGAAAGAAGACGCAAGAGAAGGAAAGACAAGCUUUCUCUUAUAUCUCGGUUAAAUACACGGCGGUGUCAGGCAUGUCCCAUAUAUGGUUCAGACCUGAUAGAAGCUGUUUCUGUAAUUAAUCCGGGUCAUGGGACCACCUACAGUUAUGGGAAAUGGAAUGGCAAAGGAAUGGUUCACUGUCUUCAUGCAACUGAACUGAAAUCUCGUCAAUAUUGGUUUGAAACAGAGUCUCUGCACAACCUAGUACAGACUCCAGAAACCUAUUUAAAGCUUUUGAAAGAUACCACUGACAGAUAUGUGUUUUGUAUACCAUCAGUGGUGGCACCACUUAUUUGUAUGAGAAUGAGCCACCCGCCGCCAUCCAAACUCUGGGCACAAGAAAGAAUGAAAGCAUUAUUAAAAACACAUGCUUCACCUGCCAUUGCCCCACUUCAUCACAUAAUGAAUGCAGCAGUCACCCAGUUCCCAGACCCCAGGCUUAUUCAAUAUGAUUGUGGCAAGUUACAAACAUUGGAUCGCCUAUUGCGGCAGUUGAAGACAGGCGGGCACCGAAUCCUUAUCUUCACUCAAAUGACAAAAAUGUUGGAUGUUUUUGAAGCUUUCCUAAAUUAUCAUGGCCACCUAUACUUGAGACUGGAUGGAACUACCAGAGUUGAUCAAAGACAGGUAUUGAUGGAGAGGUUUAACCAGGACAAGAGAAUCUUUGCUUUUAUUUUGUCGACGCGGUCUGGAGGUAUUGGUGUGAAUCUUACGGGUGCUGAUACUGUCAUCUUUUAUGAUUCAGAUUGGAACCCAACCAUGGAUGCCCAGGCUCAGGAUCGAUGUCACCGAAUCGGACAGACAAGAGAUGUACACAUCUACCGGCUCAUAUCAGAGAAGACUAUUGAGGAGAAUAUCUUGAAGAAAGCCAAUCAGAAGCGUCUUUUGGGUGAUUUGGCUAUUGAAGGUGGUAACUUUACCACGGCUCACUUCAAAAAGUCAACAAUACAGGAUCUGUUUGAAGUGAAUGUGAAUGAAAAUGAUGCUUCAAAAAGAAUGUCUGAAGUUAUUGAAAAGAGCAAACCACCAGAUGAGGGCAAGGAAGUUACCGAGGGAGAAAAGGUGAAAAUGGGAGCCUUUGAGAGUGCCUUAGCUGCAGCUGAGGAUGAAACGGACGUUCAGGCAGCUAAAACUGCUAAGGCAGAAAUGGCUGCGGAGUUGGCCGAAUUUGAUGAAAACAUUCCAAUUGAGGAAGGAGAAGGUAGUGAGGAGUUGAGCAAGGCUGAGCAAGAAGUUGCUAAUCUCAUGAAACAGCUAUCACCAGUAGAGAGAUAUGCAAUGAAGUUCCUGGAAUCUUCGGAUGAUGGCUGGGCAGCAGAAGCAGAGCGAAUGGCUGCAGAGAUUGAACAACAAAAGAAGGAAUGGGAGCUUGGACGUUUGCAAGCUCUUAAGGAGGAGGAGGAGCGAUUGGCACACAAUUCAGAUGAAGAUCUUCUUACCUACACAUCAGCAGAUGCACACAAUCAGUUGUGGUUGUCACUAUGUGGGAGAGAAGAGAUGCCGAUAUGGCACCCUCCAACUCCUCCACGAGAUGAUAAUGACGUCUAUAUUGAUCACGCACUCGGUUUCUGGUAUGAUUCUAGUACAAUGCCAGAAUCUGCUCUGCCUCCUGUGUACAUCAAGAAGGAACAUAAAAGACUCAAAUUGGAACCAGGUGCAUCAGGAGAUGGAUCCUGUGGAUUGCGCCGACCUCAGAAACUUCGCCGUGAAGAUGCUGUGUGCGCUCCUCGUUCCCUCUUUGAUCGACCCUCACCUGCUGUUGUUAAGAUACGCCGAGAUCUUAAACUUCAGAAAUAUAGAGGCAUUGUCCGGCCCAGCAUUCCACUUCCGGGUUUAAAACCAGCCAUUUUGACUAAACCUCCUGCAGCAGAACCUGAGAAUACUCCAGAGUGGACAGUACAUGAAGACUGGGCUGUUGUCCAAGCAGUGCAGCAGCACCUCCAGUUGGAAUUGCCUGUUAAUCUGCUUGUGUUAUCACCUGGUCACACUCCUAAUUGGGAUCUUGUAGCUGAUUUAGUAAAUUCAAUAUCGCGCUGCUACCGCUCACCACGCCACUGUAGGACUCGGUAUGAGAGUACCAUCCUUCCUCGUGAAGAAGGAAAGUUACCACCAGAAGUAACCACCAAAAAAAUAUCAAAGAAGCAAAAAUCAGGAGUUCUUUCAAAGCCUAUACACAAAAGCUCACGUCCAAUGCGAACUUCACAGUUGUUUGCUCAGGAUAACAACAGCAGUUUCUCCUCUCUGUAUUGCACUCGGUUUGAAACAAUUAAAAAUAUAGCCAUAAAACGCACCCCAACAACCAAACCACCACUAGUAAAUCCCACUCAUAAAAAUCCCAAGCAUGCUCAAGUGCUUGCAGAAUCAGGAAUUCAGUAUGAUGGUCCUCUCAAUCCAGGUCAGGUAGCUGCAAAUCUUGCAGAACGCAUUCAGCGUGCAAAACAAAAAUCUCAGGCUGAACUUGCUCAACAACAGCAACAAAAACUUCUUCAGCAGCAACAGCUUCAACUUCAACAACAGCAGCAGCAACAGCAACAACAAAUACAGCAAGCUCAGCUUACUGCAAACCAACUACAGCAACAGUUGCAGCAGCAGCAACAACCCCAGCAAAAUCAGGUACAACAACAAACUGUGCAACAACAGGCCCAACAGCAACAAGGUCAGCAGCAGGUUUCAGUGGUAGGAAACACCACGGCUCAACAAGUAGUCAGUAGUGGUCUGUCUGGCAAGGUAGCUACUUCAGUUGUGCUCAGUCAAGGAGCAGCUAUGACUGUUGCCACUGUCACGGCUGCCACAGCCACCACUACUGCUGCCUCGUCUUCAACUACUGCGGCAAUUCUUGGUGGUGUGCGCACUGCAGCUGGGGUUGCUAAUGCUGGCCGGACCACUUUAGCCCUCCAGGAACUACAGGUUCGAACAUCAGGGAGUAAUCAAGGCACAGUAGUGAGUGUUGCUGGUCUGGCCCAGUUACAGGCUGCAAAACUUACAGCAACAUUGUCAUCGCAAUCUUCUACACAAAAAGGUGUUACUACAGUUCCAAGAUCAUUAACUCCAGCCCAGUUGCAAUACCUGAAAACACAAGCCCAGGCAAGACAAGCCCUUGCAUUGCAACAGCAACAAGGCAAGGUGGUGGCUACAGGUGACCAGACCAUUAAGAGGGUUCAGAUAGCAGGGCAGGCAGGGACGACACAGAAAGUGCAAGUAGCAGUGUCUGGUGGAACUUUGGCAGCUGUUACAGCUAUACAGGUAAGCCAAGCAGGACGAACACAACUGGUGAAGCCUGGCACAGUGAUGGCUGGAGCAAGUGGAGUGAUGACUGCUGGAAAAGCUGUGACCCGGACAGUGACAGACAGAGAAGUUGCUGCACUUCUCAAGCAACAACAGCUCAACAAAUCUGGACAAGUCGCUCAGGUGCAAGUACCCUCUGCACAACUCUUGGCUGGCCUUCAAGUUCAGGGGAGUGUAAGUGGUGGUACACCAGUGGCAACAUUAGUAAAGACUGUCAGUGCUCCCAGUACUAUGGUACACACACCAACCACAGUAACUCUGCCUGUGUCUGCUAUUAACGUGACACUUCCUCAAGCUAGAGUUACCACUGCAGCCACUGUUGCUAAGGCUGCCACCACCCAACAGACAGUGCGAAAUAUACCUUUACCACAGCAGCUAUUGGCAAAGCAGAGAUCACUGAUGGGAGUUAAAGGUGCUGUUGGGCUACAAUUAGGCAGUAAAGGUGUAGGUGGCACUGGGCUUAACACAGUGCAGAUAGUACAGGGUGGUGGCCAGAAACAGAUGUCACAUGUCACGGUACAACAAAUACAACAGGUUUUUAAACAGGUGCCUCAACAGACCAUCCAACAUAUUACACAGGGUGGCACAGUGAGUGGCACUGUAGUAGGGAAAGCGGUGGGGAACACAGUGGCAGGCACCAGCGUCACAACGUCAGGCAGCCAAGGCAUUAGCACCUCCCACACUACCAAGCUGGUACCAAUGACCAUUGCAUCACAUCAGCAGCAACCUAUCAAGCAAACCAUUCAGGUAGUGUCAGCUGGCUCUACAGUGGUUGGUGGAGGUUCUGCAAUCCGUGUGAGUGCCGGGGAGCGCUCGUCACCAUCAACUUUAGCUCUACAAGCUGGAACAAUGAAAGUAACUAACCCUGCCAUACUGUCUCAAGUGGCAGCCCUACAAGGACAACCAAUGUCUGUUGCUGUCAGAACUCCAACACAGAGUCCAGUCAGAAUACAGACAUCGGCCCUCCAAACUCAGCAGACAGCACAGACUCAACAACAGCAGCAACAACAGCAACAACAGAACCAACAACAGGGACAACAGCAGAGUGGCAUUGGCCAGUAAAUGAAAAUACUGUAAAGGAUCAUUGCCAUCUAAAUAUGCACUCUUUUUAUUUCAUUGGAAAGAAUAUAUGCUGCUUACCUACUAGGCUUCAAAAUGUCAUUGUAGUAAAGAUCUCUAAGUAUAUUUACAGCUGUAAGGCUGCAGUUUUAUUUCAUUUUUGGUUUUUAAAUUUUUCUUAUGCCUUUGUUUAUUGCAUUUAUAUUGCAGAAACUUUUUUUUAUCUGGUUACUGGGUAAUAUUAUUCAGCGUUACCCAAGUUAAAAUUGGCAGUUGUGUCUACCACACUAGAACCUAGUCUAAUAAACUUCUUGCUCAGGACAUUUCCUUUAUGCCAUUAGUUGGAUGUAAAAUUUUUGAGAGAUUAAAUAACUUAUACAAAUGCUAUGAGUUAUCAAUUUAUAUGCAUUACAUGAAUGCAUUCCUGGUGUCUCAGCUCCUCAAAGGCUAUUUCAUCAUUUCCAGUGCUGCAUAGUUGGCAGGAGAGACUAACCAUUCAAAUGGUAUAUGGUACAUUUUAUAAUAAAGUCAUACUGGGGGGGUUUCUUUGACACUACUCUGAAACAUUGACACAUUAUCACAUGUGGUUUUAAACUUUGAAACGAUUUGUGAUACAUUAGGCCCACACCAUUAAAAGUACCAGACAGUAAAAGACUGCCCAGCUCUUGUAAUUACUAAACACCACUGUAAAACGAUGAUCCCACACCCACUUCGGAGGCAGGUCCUGAAAUACUGGGCACGCAUUUUAAAAAUGUGUCACUUUUAACAUCUUUUGUGUUAAGAAAAGUAUGAUCAGUCUUGGAACUUUGAUCAAACAUAUACGCAAGCAUUCCCAGUGAACACAUGUGAGCAUGCACACAUGUACAUACACAAACACUCCUCAUUAACACAUGCGAGCAUGCACACAUGUACAUACACAAACACUUCUCAUUAACACGUGUGAGCAUGCACACAUGUACAUACGCAAACACUCCUCAUUAACACGUGUGAGCAUGCACACAUGUACAUACGCAAACACUCCUCAUGCACACAUGAACGCGCACACCACACACGCACAAACACAGAGGUGAGCAUGCACAUAAAUCAAACACUCCCUAUAAACACAGAUGAGUAUACAUACACAUAAAAGUCACAUAAAUUCAUGCAUGUAUAAAUAAUCAAGCAUUAAAUUAUUUACCGCUAUGGAUAUACAAAUUUUGUAUGUGAAUAUAGUAAUAAAACUAAUCAAUGCAUGGGUGUCUAUUGUGGUAAUUUGAGGCUGAGAGCAGUAAACCCUAAAGCUUCAAUGAUGUCUUUAUUCUCAUGAAUUACAAUAUCAUAUCCUUCAUUUUUACCUAGGAUUUUAUAUGUAGUAAAACAAUAUCUCUCUUUCUCCUCUUUCUCAUAUAUAUAUAUAUAUAUAUAUAUAUAUAUAUAUAUCUAUCUAUCCAUCCACUGCCUGAAAUGGAGCGACUCGCAGAACCUAAUAGGCCAAGUUGCCUAACAAGCUGAGUUUUCCUGAAAUUACAUACAGUAUUUUUCUAAAAAAAAAUUCUUACGGAAUGAUAAAGCUUUCAUUAUAUUAUAUUUAUAUGAAUUUUUUUGUUAAAUUUGAUUUACAAUUAAUGUAGAAAUACUGUAUGACCAAACCUAACUUAACUUACCCAAACCUGUUACAACCUAACCUAACUUAGCUAAGUCUCUAAUUCAUGUUCUUAAUAUAUUAUAACAUUUAAAAUAAAUCAAUUUAAUUUUGUUUAAUAACGACAAUCACUCUGCCUGUUAGGCAAAUUGGGUCUUGCUUAUUAUUAGGCCAAUAGCACCUUCUAACUGUUAGAUGUGUGUGUGUGUAUGUAUGUAUGUGUGUGUGUAUAUAUGUAUGUAUGUAUAUAUAUAUAUAUAUAUAUAUAUAUAUAUAUAUAUAUAUAUAUAUAUAUAUAUAUAUAUAUAUAUAUAUAUAUAUACACACACAUUAUAUUCUAGACCUUUUUUUUCUUCUCAUUUCUUUACACAAAUAAAAUACAUUUUAAUUAAUAAAUGCAAAGUGAAUGGUUAGGGGAACCUGUACAGUAUUCAAAAUAAUAUUGUAUUUCGAAGACACUGUAAUGAUGUAAGUAUUGUAACUUUGGCACUGAUAUUGUUCACCUGAGAUCCAUGAUAUGGCCAGCAGCUGGAGCUAGAUGUUUCUCAGCUGUAGAUAAAUAUGAAGGUCUAUUACUAGUAAGGUUAUAUUUAUAAAUAAAAUGCUAAAAUAGA